CGACGAGAGCGACAGAUACAGACGUCACCACCGACAGUUGGAGCACGUCCACCGUCUCGUCCUGCUCGAACAGUGACUCCGGAUGCCCAGGCUCUUCCUGGCCGCCCUGUGACUCCGUUAGCCCAGCCCUCAACUGCAAGCACUUCUCAGGAUACAUCUGAAGAUAUAGAUGCAAUCGAUGGAUAUUCGCUUGUCUCAGAUGAUGAGCUUCAGCCAUCCAAACUGCCACGUUCGCCGAACAUUGACGCUGAUGACGGUCUUUCGUUUAUUAGUGAGAUUUCCUCAACUACUGUCGAAGAUGAAAGUCCUCGACAAAGCCCACUGAACUGCAGUUCCACACCGUCUAUUCAACCAUCUCACAGUCCGUCAAACGCCAGCUCUGUCCCAUCUCUCAUGAGUUUGAGAUUAAAUGAGUAA